AUGAUUGACGCGCUUGUGUUUUCGCUCGCAGUCUACGAAUCAUCGCCCGAGAAGGUUCUUUCAGUCCUUAAAUCCAAAUACGAUCUCCCCGUGGGUGCUCUGGAUUUGCUGCACCUACCUGAUUUUCCGGGUGGCAGCCAGCCGCAGCAACCAAUACUGGUGGGUCGCAGCACGCACGGGCACGUCGUCGUGGCGUGCAGAGGAACGGCGGACGCCUGGGAUAUCCUGCAAGAUCUCAAGAUUUUCCCCCGGGGCAUUCGUGGUGUCGGGUGUGGCACGGCUCACAUGGGAUUCGUGGAGCGGGCUGAGAGCGUCUGCGUGGAGCCGCUGCUUCGACUGUUAGCCGACGGACAUCGCCUCGUCUUCACGGGCCACUCCCUGGGCGGCGCCGUCUCCGCGUUGCUGGCCCUGCGCUUGCUGGAAGCAGCCGAGUCGCGCGGUCUCUGCACGCACAAAGGCCAGGUGCAGUGCAUCACGUUCGGCGCGCCGCUGUUCGCGAGCCCCAGCCUGGCGGAGCUGAUCAACGACAAGUACCGCGACGUGUACAGCCACGUCGUCUCCAAGAACGACGUCGUGCCGCGAAUCGUUCCGCUCGUCGCGCUCCUUCAGCGCGUCGCGGGUGGGGGCGGCGCCACCGAGCCCAUGGAGGCGUUGCGCCUCGCCCGGUUCGCGCUGGGCCUGCUCCAGCGGGCCACCAAGAUCCCCUUCGCGUCCGCCUUGCAGGCCGCUGAGUCGCUGCUGCCGGGCCCGCUCAGGCUUGUGCUGUCGGGGGCGUGUCAAUUGCUGUGGCCGGCGCGCACGGCGCAGCAGUACGCGUUCGCAGGCAACUUCCUGCUGCUGGACCCCAUGGCGGAGGCCACGGAGGGCGCCGUGCACCUGGCGCAGGCGGAGGACCUGAGCAGCUGCGUGCGCGAGGCGAGCUUCGCGCUGGAGAUCCACUUCGACGUCUUCAACCACCAUCUGCUCUCCACCUACCAGACCGGUGUCACCAAAGGAAUUCGAUCGCGAAUGCUCGCGCACCUCGCGGCGGGCAACGCGGCGGUUCCUGCACCGUCCACUCCGGCUGCUUGCCCGGGAACGGUGGCGUCAGCAGCGUCAUCAUCAGCCACGGUGGGGCAGGCGGUGCUGUCGAGUCUGGAGGGAUUCGAGCAGGUGAAGAGCAAGGGGUUGAAUCGGCUUCGGCGGACCCGAUCGGAUCUGGUGUCACUGGAGGGGCGCGUCGCUCCGUUCCUGCCCAUCAUGGAGUGCCACCGUGCCGCCGACGCUGCCGCCAACUCGUCGCCCGUCGCCCGGGAAAUAGACACGGCUGGCACUAGUCAGCGCGCCACGCCGCCUCUGCAGCUGUGUGCGCGCAGCAUGAGCUUCUCACGCGCUGCCGGGCUUGCAAGAUGCGCGGAUGCGCGUUCCAGCGUGGAUGGGAGAGACGGCGUGGACGAAAAAGAAGUGGCGGCAGCUGCGCGCUGGUGCUCGGUGUGCAGAGCAGCGACUUCCGGUGACGCCGCAGGCAGCAAGGCCGUGGUAGCCGCUUCACCAUCACAGGCGGGCGCAAAGAAGCGGCGGUGGCGGUUUGGGUGGUUCCUGUCGACGGUGUUCCGCGUGUCGCAGCGGCUGCGGUCGCUCUCCACCUUGUCGCUCCUCCUCGGCGCCGCCAGGGUCGCCCUCGGCUGCCCGCUCUUCUGA